CCCAAUAAACCACUAGUACAUUAGCGAGGGGCUACCCCACGCAAAGUUUACCAUUUCUGCUUUUACAGACUGCGCGUGCAGUUUAUGUUUCCAACGUUGCUUUUUAGCGAGGGGCUACCCCACGCAAAAUUGUACCGUUUGAUUAGCGAGGGGGUGCCCCUCGGAAAUUAUAACACCAUAAUUAAUUCACGCAACCACCGCUUUUGUUACCGUUCCAGAUUUUUCUUUAUCUCUUCUUCCUUCCCUUCCUCAUUCACUUAUAAUUACUUCUCCAAAUUUUUUUCUUCUCCAAAUAUUCAUUUUCUUCUUCUUCCCUUCAUCUUCUCUUCUGCAAAUAUUGUUCUUCUUGGGAGCAGAAUUUUGGAACUAAAAGCAUGAAGAAACACAACCAUUUGUUCAUCAAUUCCAGUAUGGAACAUUACCAAUUCUAUCGUAGUUGGAUGUACGAUAGAAUGUUUCCUGGACGACGUGGGUUUAAACCACUUUUUAUGGAAGGAGUUGUCGCGUUUCUCUCGUUUGCGUUUGCUCAAGAAUGUUGUCGCAGGGAAGGAGGGGUAAGGUGUCCGUGUUUAAAGUGUGGUUGUAGAAAUAUUAUUAGUGACCCUAGUGAAGUGAAACGUCACUUGGAGAGAGUGGGUUUUAGGCCAAAUUACUGGGUUUGGACAUCUAAUGGGGAAACAAUGCAGGAGAUGAAUAGAGAGGCUUCUAGUAGUCAAACACAUAUAGAACCAGAUAUAAAUAGAGCUGAUCCAGGGAGUAGUUCAUCACAAAUGCAAUUCCAGGAGCAAUUUAAUCUCGUCGAGGAGAUGUUCACUGACGCAUUAGGGGUGAAUGUGGAGUAUGAUGAACCACAAGACAUAGAUGGAGAAGAGCUCCCGAAUGAGAAAGCUCAAAGGUUUUAUCAGUUGUUGAAAGAAAUAAAUAUACCAUUGUUUGAGGGGUCUUCUGACUCUAAGCUAUCAAUGUGUGUGAGACUUUUGGCUGCGAAGUCAAAUUGGAAUGUUCUUGAUCAGUGUUUAGAAUUCUUUGCGAGAAUGAUGUUGGACGCGACUCCUGUGAAAGAAAACAUGCCUAUAAGUUAUUAUGUUGCAAAGAGGGUGGUGUCGAAGUUGGGAUUAGAAGUAAAAAAGAUUGAUUGUUGCAUUAGAGGUUGCAUGUUGUUUUAUGACAACGAAUUUGGUACAAAUGAUGGGGAAUUAGAGGAAUGUAAGUUUUGCGAGAGUCUGAGGUAUUUAGUUAGCAGUAAAGGAGUUGACCAAAGGCAAAAUCGCAUUGCAGUGAAAUCUAUGUUCUAUCUACCAAUAAUACCUAGGUUGCAAAGAAUGUUUGCAUCAAUGCACAGUGCAAGCCAAAUGGCAUGGCACCAUACAAACAGAAUUAGAUCAGGCAUGAUGCGACAUCCAUCUGAUGGCGAGGCAUGGAAACACUUUGAUAGAGUUCAUCCUGAAUUUGCACUUGAACCAAGGAAUGUCCGACUUGGAUUAUGCUCAGAUGGUUUCACUCCUUAUAAUUUUUCAGGAAAUGCAUAUUCUUGUUGGCCAAUUAUUGUUACCCCGUACAAUCUCCCUCCUGAGAUGUGCAUGACGAAACCUUACAUGUUUUUGACAUGCAUCAUUCCGGGACCGUCGAGUCCAAAGGCGGGAAUCGAUGUUUAUUUGCAACCAUUAAUUGAUGAUCUCAAGAGGCUGUGGGUGGGAGCGUGGACUUAUGAUGUGUCUCGUAAACAAAAUUUUAAUAUGCGAGCGGCUUUGAUGUGGACAAUUAAUGACUUUCCUGCAUAUGGCAUGUUGUCUGGAUGGGGUACACAUGGUCAAAUGGGAUGUCCGCAUUGCAUGAAUCACACAAAAGCGUUUACUUUGGACUUUGGUGGGAAAAGUUCGUGGUUUGACUGUCAUCGUAGGUUCUUACCUACCAACCAUGAAUUUAGAAGGAAUAAAGAUGCUUUUAGAAAAGGAAUAAAAGUAAAAGAUCUACCUCCCCCUCGAUUGUCAUCGACUCAAGUAUGGAAUAAUGUUUGUGACCUACCAAAAUUCACAGACUAUGGUGAAGCACGUAGAAUUAAAGGAUAUGGGGUUGACCAUAAUUGGACAAAAAGAAGUAUCUUUUGGGACCUCCCAUAUUGGAAGGAUAAUUUGUUGCGUCAUAAUCUUGAUGUUAUGCAUAUUGAGAAGAACUUUUUUGAUAAUGUGCUUAACACGGUGAUGGAUAAUGAGAAGACAAAAGACAAUGAGAAGGCUAGGAAAGACAUGAAACUUUAUUGUAAUCGAAAAGAAUUGGAGUUGAAACCUCGACCAAACGGAAAAUUAUUAAAACCCAAGGCUUGUUACACUCUUACUCCCCAAGAAGCAAAAGCUGUAUGUCGGUGGUUAAAUGAAUUGAGGAUGCCUGAUGGUUAUUCUUCUAACCUGGCAAGAUGUGCUGACGCCGACACUGGGAAAUUGCAUGGAAUGAAAAGUCACGAUUGUCAUAUUUUCAUGGAACGAUUACUUCCAAUUGCAUUCAGUUCACUGCCCAAGAAUGUGCUUAAUCCACUUACUGAGAUCAGUCAAUUUUUUAAAGACAUUUGUGCUUCAACUUUAAGAGUAGACCACAUCAUUAAAUUGGACCGAAAUAUUCCUGUCAUUCUUUGCAAGUUGGAGCAAAUAUUCCCGCCAGAUUUACCUUCUCUAACCUUUUUUUCUUUUCGAAAUAGGGCAUUUGGUACCUACUAUUAUCAAAGCACAGGCGAACAACCAUCAGCUGGUUACACACAUGCCUAUUUUCCAACAUGGUUUAAGCAACAAUUAUCAUGUAUUGUUACACUAAGUCCUGACUUAAUACAUUUGCGAAAUUUGUCUGAAGGCCCUAGUCAACGUGUAAAUGAAUGGCACACAUAUUUUGUAAACGGUUUCAAAUUUCACACUGAGGAGUGGAGUGUAGGGAAGAAAACCGUAAACAGUGGUGUAGUCGUAAAAGGAGUUACAGAGGGUGGUGAGGACGACUUCUAUGGGGUUAUCACACAUAUUUACGAGUUGGUUUAUAAUUAUAUGGACUCGGAAAAUAAAGUUGUCUUAUUUUAUUGUGAUUGGUAUGAUCCAUCUUCUAGAGGAACAAAAAUUGAUAAAAAGUAUAACAUUGUUGAGAUUCGAAGAGAUAGAAAGUACAAAGAGUAUGACCCUUUCAUUAUGGCACAUAAUGUUAGGCAAGUUUAUUAUGUACCUUAUCCUUCAAUUACCCCACGGAAACGAGAAUGGUGUGUUGUAAUCAAGUCCAACCCAAUGAGUCACAUUGAGACUGAUGAGUUAAUGGAAGAUGUUGCAUACCAACAUGAUGAGAUUUCACCUGUUAAUGAGGUAAUUGAAACCGAGGAGAUUGAGAAUUUUGAUAAAGAACUUGCCAUAAAGUUGUCAGAGCAUCCUGAAAUACCCCAACCACCACCAGGGUAUCCUGUUGACCCCAGUAUUGGUUUUCAGACUUGGUAUAAGGUUUCAGGUGGAAAGAAGAAAAAUGGGAGAGUGUAUUGUACUGGAAGGUAUUCCAAAAAUAUCAAGCGGCGUAGUAGAGAUUUCAAAAUGAGAUAUGCUGAUGGAGAAGGAUCAUCCACUCCACCUAUAUUAACCGCCGAAAUGCUUGAAACUGUGAGAAACUUGGCAAAUACUGAGGCAGCACAACAAGAAGAAAUGAGGAGGCAUGCACAAGAGUAUCAAGAAGCAAUGCGAAUUGCAAAUGAGCGGUCACAAAGGUUUGAUCAAUUUUUUGCUUCACAAAAUAUGGGUGGUGGUGGAUUUGGAGGAACUAGUGGAUAUGGAGGAGCUGAUGAAGAAGAGGAGGAACAAGAUGGGAGGAAUAAUUAA